AUGAUGGCGCAAGAGAAGGAUUUUGUGUCCGUCGACAAUGAGAACGCGAAUGGAAAAGAGCAGGAAAUUGAGAGCAAGAGUGGGGGUGCUGAGGUUGUUGUGGUGACAGGCAGUGAAACAGCGACGGAAAAUGGAAGUCAGAAUGGCCAGACACCACUUGUGCCGCUGCGCAUGAAGCUUAUUUCGAUCCUUCUUGUCACUGCUGUUGGGUUUGGCUCGCAUUGGAGUUCUGGCGUGACGGGCGCCAUGAAGAGCACCUUGAAGAAACAACUCCACAUCAACAACUCCCAAUUCGCCAUCCUCGAAGCCUCGGAAGAUUUCAUGAAAACCGCCCUCAUCCUCGUAUCCGGCCUCGUAACCGACCGCAUCGGCGGCGCCAACGCCAUGCUCUACGGCAACGCAAUCUACUCUCUCGGCGCCAUCCUAAUCGCGGCAGCCACCACCAUCCGCUCGUACAAAUUCAUGAUCUUCGGCGUAAUCGUCCAAGCAUUCGGCGACAUCGCCACGCAGGUCGCGCAGUACAAGGUCUUCUCCUCAUGGUUCGCGCCGAGCAAUGGCUUCGCGUCAACGCUGGGUUUCGAGCUGGGCGUCGGCAAGAUUGGUAGUUUUGUGGGCAAGGCGACGGCGAAUGUCAUUGCGAAGCGCACGGGGGAUUUCAGCUGGGUGUAUUGGACCGCGGUGUUUAUGAACUUGUUUACGAAUGUUGUGACGCUGGGCUUUUGGUUUUUCACGAGGUGGUGUGGGAGGGUGUAUGGGGGGAUGCGGGAUCCGGCGACGGGCGAGGUGUUGACGGAGAAGGGGAAGAAAUUUGAGGUCGGCAAGAUGCUUAGGUUGCCGUGGACGUUUUGGGCGGUGGUGGGGUUCAGUUUGUUCCAGACGAGUACGGCGGUCGUGUAUUCGCAGAAUGCGACGGAGAUGGCGGAGCAGCGGUUCAACAUCGAUGCGGUUACCGCGGGGUGGUAUUCGGCCAUGUCGCAGUAUCUCGGGUUCUUUUUGGUGCCGCUAAUUGGGGUGUUUGUCGAUCUACUCGGGAACAGGGUUACGCUGAUGCUGGUCUGUGGACUGGGCAUGUUGUUGUCGAUGUGUUUGGCUGCAUGGGGUCCGUCGAUUGGGGGGACGGCUGCGUCGUUUGGAAUCUAUGCGGUUGCGUCGAGUUUUGGUCCGACGGUCAUUAUCGACAGUAUUCGCACGUCGAUGCGGUACCAGGAAGUCUUUGGCUCGGGAUAUGCCAUCAAGAUUGCGAUUAACAACAGCAUGAAUAUCAUCAUCCGCAUUGUUACUGGCGUCAUCCAGGACCGGGAUAAGAACUCAUACGACAACGUUGUUGUCAUCUACGUUAUACUCGCUGUUGGCUCGGUGGUCGUUGCGGGCGCGCUGUUGGCAAGCAGCUUUUGGCAUACGGAUGCGAAGAUUCUGCAAUGGACGAAGAAGCAACGGUCGAGGAAUGGAGACAUGAUCAACGAGCGCAAAGAAGAAUCCGAAACUGGCGAGAACGGCAUACGCGGCAGGAAACUCGGACUAGGCCUGUUCAUCGCUGUAAUUUUCCUCAUCGCCGGUGCCUGGGUAGCUUAUUUCUGGGGAGUCGCGACUGGUAACAACAAAUGA